GCGCUGCCCUGUACACGCCGCUCCUGCAAGCUGAACCAGGCGGAUACACUGAUGGCUCGUAUUUCUGUUGACUUUCACAUUAUGUUGUUGGCUGUCGCGGUGUGUCUCGCCUCACUUGGCCUCUCUCCAUCCCCUGGCCGUCUGUAUGAACGGACUGACUCAAGGUAAAUGUCCGGAGUGUGAAAUCAGCAGAUCCGUACCCGCCUGAUUGGUGCAGGCGGUGAAGGCUCUUUAAAACCUCCAUCUCUGCCUGACUGAGAGUCGACUGGAAAUGAACACUGGUCUCCUGGGUGAAAGUCCAGUUUUUGAGCCAGCUGUCAACCACCUCCUUACUCUGACUUUUCUGAGCUCUCUGGCUGGUCUCGCUGCACUACUAUGACACUGAGCUCUUGAAGGUUUUGCUUUUUUUGUUUGAAUUCACCAAUUCUCUUGAAGCCCACUUGAUUCCUCGAUGGGUUCCCGCAGCCAAGGCUUCUUCCACCACCACCACCACCAUCGUAGCUCCAUGGUGCCCACCGCGGUGCCGAGGCUUCUGGCAGAGAACGGCAGCCUGCUGGGGGGCAUCGCACAAAUCACCCCCAAUCUCUUUCUCAGCAGAGGGAACGUGGCAUCCAACCGCAGCCUGCUGUUGUCCAAAGGCAUCACCUGUGUGGUCAAUGCAACCAUCGAGCUCCCCAACUUCAACUGGCCUCACAUGGAGUAUGUAAAGGUCCCUUUGGCGGAUAUGCCCCACUCCCCCAUCUCCUUGUACUUCGACAGUGUGGCAGAUAAGAUCCACAGCGUUGGACGGAAACGAGGGGCAGUGCUGGUGCACUGUGCAGCGGGGGUGAGCCGCUCAGCCUCAUUGUGUCUGGCGUACCUCAUGAAGUAUCACCGUGUGUCUCUGGCCGAAGCCCACGCCUGGGUCAAAGCUCGCCGCCCUGUCAUCCGGCCCAACGGCGGGUUCUGGCGCCAGCUCAUCGAGUAUGAGAGGAAGCUGUUUGGUAGGAACUCUGUUAAGAUGGUGCAGACGCCCUACGGGGUCAUACCUGAUGUUUAUGAGAGGGACCGCAGAUGCCUGGCUCCGUACUGGGGCCUGUGAGAGAUCCACAGUGAGGGAUCGAGGAGGAAAGCGAAGAUGAGCCCUCUUGCCCUUCUGGACUGCAGGUUCAUGCGUGUUCAGGACAGGCGAAGUGAGACACGUGUGAGUGUACAUCUGUGUGAAGCUUAUUUAAUGAAUACUGGUGCGACAGAGGGAGUCAAACCAAACACUGGUUGUUGAUGGUGCUGCUGUUCGUCCAACCAGUUGCCUCCAUUUAGUCUUUGAGCGGGAGUGAGGCGACUUCAGGCCCAGAAUCCUUAAGACCAGAGGAUCGAUUGGGACCACACUGAUGUCAGACACCAAAACAAGAUGAAGCGCUCAGUGUGGAAGUCGGUGCUGUCUAUCUCCUGGUCUGGUUCUAGUUCCAGGGAGAGGACGAGCACUCUGUGAUGGUGUUAGCUGAGAAUCCCCAGCUCUGACAGCAAUGUAACUGAAGCCCUUUCCCUGACGUGAUGUCAUGUGGUGGUAUUGUGCCAGUUUUGCAGUAGUCUUUAGUGUGAGGGCAGCAGCAUGCUCUCAAUUUAUGGUAGCAUUUAAGAUAAGUGUACAGAAAAAAAUAUAUAGAGAAAAAUUAUUUUAUUGGAAUGUACUAAUAGUGAGGAAAUGCUUAUGGCACACUUUAACUGAACAUUUAAAGAUGUUAUUAUAGCUACCUUUUUUAAGGUAAAAAUCUAGAAGAUAUAAGCUAAAAGUCAAGGAUUAGGGAAAGUUCCUGUGUACCACAGGGUUGACUGUUCCAUCCUUUGACCACACUAUGUUAUUGUAGUGCUAUUUGAUGCUGUAUUAAAAAAAUAUUUGUCACCUCAA